AUGUUUCAAGAAAGACGGAUCCAAGUACAACAAGGCAAAAACAAGAUCUAUCAAAGAGCGUGUCGCUCAAUCACCGGCAGUCUUUAUACGAAGAUGAGUUCUGGAAAAUGGGGUAGUAAUCCUUCCAGUACUGGUCCUUUUGGUCCAUCAUUUAAGGGGAAAGGGGUCUCAAAUGUCUCUAGCCCUGGAGAUGAACAACUAAGUCACGGCAUGUCAGAUUUGAAUUUGGGUUCUACACAAGAUGAUGGGUGGGAGGUGUAUGGAAAGAAAUCAAAAAAUAGGACUGGAAGUAGUGCUCCAAAACAGUGGGGACCUAAGAAUUCCAAUCCUCCCAGGGCAUGGGGCCAUCCAGAUACUGUGCAAAAGUUGGGAAUGCGAACUUCUGGUGGACCAGGAAGGGGCUCUGGCCAGACCCAGCCUGCACUCGCUUCUGAUUCUAGAAGAUCUAUCGGCAGAGGAAAUGGUAAACCCCAAUCAUCUAACCUAUGUCCUGAAACCAAUAACGUUGCGACACAUGCAGUAAUUCCUCCUCCUCUAAAGAACGGGUGGGACUGGUCUACCAGAACUUCUAAUCGGUCCUUGGAAGAUGUACAAAAUCCUGGGGAUGUUCUGGCUGCUAAUGUUGAUGAGGAGGAGGAGGAGUUGUCAGAUGUGGAUGAUGACACUGAUGAGGAGCUUCUCAGUGAUGACUUUGAUUCAGAUGAAAGCCAAAAGAGUCAUGAGACGCGGAAGAAGAACAGAUGGUUUAAGGAACUUUUUGAUAGUCUUGAUACUUUGACUGUUGAGCAGAUCAAUGAACCCGAAAGACAAUGGCACUGCCCAGCAUGCAAAGGAGGUCCUGGGGCUAUAGAUUGGUAUCGUGGCUUGCAGCCCCUUGUUACUCAUGCGAGAACUAAAGGAUCCAAAAGGGUGAAGCUUCAUAGAGAACUUGCUGAACUUUUGGAUGAGGAGUUGAAGAGAAGGGGAACUUCAGUAGUAACAGCCGGUGAAGCUUUUGGGAAAUGGAAAGGUCUGAAAGAAAUAGCUGAUAAAGAGAUAGUAUGGCCACCUAUGGUGAUCAUCUUGAAUACCAGACUUGAAAAAGAUGAUAAGGAUCAGUGGAUUGGCAUGGGAAAUCAAGAGCUUCUCGACUAUUUCAGUUCAUAUGCUGCAGUGAAGGCUCGACAUUCAUAUGGUCCACAGGGGCAUCGGGGCAUAAGUGUUCUGAUUUUUGAGGCUUCAGCAGUGGGAUAUGCAGAGGCUGAGCGAUUAAGCAAACAUUUUGAAGAUAAUGGUAGAGAUAAGAAUGGUUGGGAGCGGAAUAGGGUUCCUUUCUAUCCUGGUGGACAACGUCAACUCUAUGGCUACAUGGCAGAGAUGCGAGACUUGGACAACUUUAACCAACACUGUCAUGGAAAAUCCAAGCUGAAGUUUGAUAUGAGAUCCUAUCAAGAAAUGGUUGUGAAUCAAAUGAAGCAGAUGAGUGAAGAAAACCAACAGCUGACAUGGUUUAAGAAUAAAGUUGCCAAAGAACAGAGGAGCAAGAAAGCUCUCGAGGAGUCUGUCGGUUUGAUGUCUGAAAAGCUGAGAAAGACGCUGGAAGAAAACCGGAUAGUAAGACUGAGGACCAAAAUGCAUCAUGAGCAACACAAAGAAGAUAUGGAUUUCCAAGAGCAGUUCUUCAAAGAUCAGAUCAAGGAGUUGUAUGAUGCCAGAAAUGCAAAGGAGGAGACUUUUGAGAAGAUUCAGCAGGAUCAGCGCGUGAAGGUUACACAGAUUGAAGUAAACCUGUCGUCAAUUGAGGAUCGCCAAAGCAGGGUGGAGAAAAUCGAGAAAUUUAUCCGGCUACAGGACGAAGAAAUGAACGAAUAUGUUGCUGAGAGGGAAAAACUGCUGAAAGCACAUGAAGAGCGGAUGGUUGCUCUGAGGCGCAAGCACUUGGAAGAAGAGGUUGCCCUUGAGAAGGAAUUUGAUGACGAAUUCAAUAGGCUGAUGGAAAAAUACACCCCACAUUAUUCAAAGGAGGAUGGAAAUCAAGAAAUUUAG